AAAGGAAAAAAAAAAAAAAACCUCAUUCUCCCGAAUUGUCGAAGACUCAUUUCGCCGGCCAAGGGAAAGAACCUCAUUCUCCCACGCGGUAUUCUGAUCUCUUUCCCCAAAAUUCCCUAAAUUUUCCUAAGUUUCCUCUGGAUUUGCUCUGCUAGAUUCCGAAAUUGAAGGCCGGUGUUAGGUUCCCUGAAAUUUCCAACUUUCCCCCAAAUGCCCUAAUUUUCUAGUCGAUCUCACGGGAAGAAAUCCUCUCUCUCUCUCUCUGCGCGUCACUCGAUUCCUCCAAAUUCUCAACUUUUGGUUUCUAAUUUUGUGAAAAUUUGGUUGUGGAAAGAAGAUCGAAGACGAUCUCGACGUGAAGCUUCCUUCCUACGCGAAGCUCGGAGCUAGGUUUACCCAAGGAGGUUCGAAUCUCUCUCUCUCUCUCUGUUCUCUAGGUUUACCCAGAGAGAAAUCAUCUCUCUCUCUGCAUUUUCGCUCCCAAAGAGAAAAUGGUUUCCCCCCUACUUACUAAACUCUUCUCGCGCACUGAGGGCAGAGAAAAUUUCAGUCUGCCAGCUUAAUCCCCAAAAAUUUCAUACGCUGAGGGAAGAGAAAGAAGGCCAUGCCAAGUCACCCAAAGGAAAAAAUCACAGUAGAAGCAACACUCGAAGCCCUCUUCUCAGCGCGCAAGAAUUUUUCUUCCUUUGCGCGCUUAAUCCCCAAAAUUUUCUUCCGCUGAGGGCAGAGAAACAAGCCCCACUCGAAUGGCCGUCGUCACACAAAGGAAAAAAAUCCCACUAUAAGCAACAAUCGAAGCCCUCUUCUGAGUGAGGAAGAAGAUUUCUUCCUCUGCGCGUUUAAUCCCCAAAAUUUUCUUCCGCUGAGGGUAGAGAACAAGCCCCACUCGAAUGGCCCUCGUCACCCAAAGGAAAAAAUCCCACUAGAAGCAACAUUCGAAGCCCACUUUUUCACUCAAAGCCCUCUUUUUUCACUCGAAGCCCUCUUUUUUCACUCGAAGCCCUAAGAACAGUCCAAUUUAUUUUCGUGGUUUUUGAAGGAUGGCACGGCUUGGAGAACCAACAAGUAUUUGGAUUUUUCGCAAGUUCCAAUGGAUUCUUCGGCGGAUAUGCGAAUUUGGGAACGCUGUUUGCUCUACUGUAUCCCCGUUCCGGGACUGAAUUCAUGGGCUGAAGCUUCUCCUGAAGCGUUGAUAAAAAGAAGCAUGGAGUUGGCGUCUCAACAAAGAGAGAAGCGUCAGAGAGGGGAUGAUGAAGCUGUUGAUGACAUGGAUUUAGUUGUCUCGAAUGAUGGGUUUGAAGGUUCUCCUAGCGCCAAAAAGAUGAGAGAGGAUGGACAUCCUUCCCAGUCUUCUCAGUCUCAGGAGUCUGUGUCUCAGGGCGCCUGCUCUAGUGCAAGUGUUCAGCCUAAUGUUGAUAGGGAUUCUCUUCCUUGUCUGGUCAAGAUAUGUGAUAUCCCGGAGUCCGAUUUGAAGCUAAACGAGGUUGUUGAGUUUAUUGGUGUCCUCACUUUAGUUUCGCAACAUCAAGUGGAUAAAGAUGAAUAUGAUGAUUUUGAAAAUGGCUUCAUGGGAGAUGAACUGACCCCUUUGCCCCCUCGCAAUGAGGUACCACACCUCCACUGUCUCAUUCAUAGGAAACUUGCAGUUCAUGACUUUCUUCAGAGUUCGCCCAUGUUUUAACAUAGAGAUUCGCUUGAAUUUGCUUCAUGUGAUUUUUGCUUACUUCAACUCGGGUUUCAGUGAGAAAAAAAAUGUUACAUACCUUUAACUGCCACUGAUACGAGCUUGUAAUGUUUCUAUCAGCUGGAGUAUGACAUCAAGUACUAUAAAAUGGAGAUGGCAGUUGAUAUCCAGUUGGUCGUAUUGUCAUAGGGGAAAUCAUUUUUUUGUCCUGCUGAUUUAUUUUUACCUUUCCAACCUACUUUAGUGGGUUCUUCUGAAGCUUCUCCAGAAGCGUUGGACGCAUGGAGAUGGUACUUGGCCAUGCUUAGAUCAUUGCCUCAUUCUAUCGACUCAGAAAUUCAGAAGAUUUGUGUACAUUUGCUACAAUCCUCAAUCAAAGCAAGAUUUGUAGAAGAAUACCCACCUUGGUGAUAUCCUCAAAGACACCAAGGUUGUGGGUGAGGAAUCCAAUCAAUCAUUUCGAGCUCCUAUUGAUGAGACUCAGGAGUUGUUUUCUGAUUCCCAAUCAAGUGACUCGAAAAAUGAGGCACCAAGUAGUCCUUUGGAAGAGAUUUUUGUACCGUCAGAACUUGUAAUGAACUUACAGAUUGACUCUGCACCUCCUGAUGAUGUGUAAGUUUCCAUGUGUUUAUGGUGAAUUUCUGCCAUCUUCCAACCAAAAUGCAUCCAUUAACAUGUUAUCCACAUGCUGUGUUUACCUUAGUUUCUUGUGAUUCAUGCGUCUGAUAAAAUUAAGGUUUUAUGUUAGAUUGUAGUGGUGUUUGUUUGGAUAUAGAUAGAAAUAAUCACCAUUCAGGAGCUUGAAGAUGAUAUCCCGUUGUCAAUCCGACAUCAAUGAUUUCUUACUCGUGCUGUAUAUGCAGAAAACGUCACAACCUUUUGCAGGUAAAAUGCGGUAAGCAAGCAGGAGCAUUUGCAUUCUUGCUUGAUGAAGAUGUCAAUAAUUGCUUUGCUAGAGGAGAUGACCUUUUUGUUGGAGUAUUUUGUCAAGAUGGAUUAUUUACUUAACCA